AUGAUUGGCAGCUUGAUAGUCACUGCUACAGCCAAGAUUCGGUGCAACAAUUACGACAAGUGUAUCGAUCAUUAUAUCCCUGGCUUUGGAACUUGUCCGUCAAAUUACGAACGCCUUGUAAUUGAUAUCCCUCAUCAGGUGCCUCAAGUGGAAUGCCAGCGAUCAUGCAAUGACAAUGAGUUGCAGAAAUGCCGCGCAGACUUGUGCCAGGAAGACAUCGACACGUGCAACAAAAACCCCGGAUGGGUGGAAACAUGCAGACGUGCUUUACACAAAUGCAAAGGGCCUAUCAUGAUGAAUCGAGAUAUAUGCACAGAUGAUGCUAUGGAACGACAUGUGAAAUUUUCCACCCCGUCGACUGUGAUGUGCUCGAUAGAUGGGGCUGCCGAGUUGGAUGCAAAAGCACAGGGGGAAAACACAGUUGUUAUUGAUCUAGGAUCAUAUGGAUUCGUUAUCGGACCAGAUUCUGACAAAGUUCUACGUUGUGCUGGGCUUUCAAAUGGAGGAAAAAUGGACUUCGAGGCAAAAACAAUCAAAUUAUGGAGAUGCCAGCAUCGGGAACAGAAUUCUUGGGGAUGUUUGCCUAUGCCAGGUGCUUCAGAACAAGCUGAAAAGGCCUGUCGAGAGGCACAGGCCGCUAUUGGCCAGGAAACUGUGUUCAAAGUUGAGAAAAGAGAUACCCUUCGAAGAUUAGGAUGA